AUGGAGCGCAGACAUAAAAGAGGCAUUAUGUCGGCCACUAGUAGCCCAGGAAAAAAUGCAAAUGAAACUGACGGAUUUAGAAGGACGGUCAAGACACAUAUCACCAUUUACCCCAUAGGCCUACCAGAGGGAUCAGAGGGAAACGAUAAGCUGCAGUUUAUCGAACAUUUUAUCAGAAAGGAGUCAGAACCCCUUGAUGAAGUUUAUCGUAGAAUACCGCGAUGCCACAGAGCGCUUGGCCCCAAACCACCCAAAGAGGCUAAGCCCAGGCCAAUGGUAGUAUACUUCCAAGAGUUCAAAACUAAGGAACUGGUGUUACACUCUGCCUGGAAAAAGAAGGAGAUUCACCACAGCGGCAGACAGAUCUAUAUUGACCGUGACUAUCCUGCAGAAACGCUAGCAGAAAAGGAAGGCCUAAGCAGUCCUGUCACUCUCACUGUUAGAGGUCUGUCUCCUCCAGCCUCUCUGAUCAUCAGUCCUAACAGAACUCAACACUUUACAUCUGAUUCUCUCUCACUGAGCUGUGAGGUACAGAGUGACUCUACUGGAUGGACAGUGAGACGAUACACAGAUAAUGGAGAGGUGUCAGACUGUUUAUCAGACUGGGGAUCAGUAACAGGAUCUACAUGUAGCAUCAGCUCCCUCCAGUCAUCAGACAGUGGAGUGUACUGGUGUCAGUCUGACUCUGGAGGGAACAGUAAUCCUCUCAGCAUUGCAGUAACCAAUGGUGGUGUGAUCCUGGAGAGUCCUGUCCAUCCUGUUACUGAGGGAGAUACUUUGACUCUGAGCUGUAGAUAUCGAUAUGACUCCUCAGACCUCAGAGCUGAUUUCUAUAAAGAUGGAUUAGUCCUCCAGAAUCAGACUACAGGAGAGAUGACAAUCCCUACUGUCUCAAAGUCAGAUGAGGGUCUGUAUUGGUGUAAACACCCAGAGAGAGGAGAGUCACCAAAGAGCUGGAUCACUGUCAGAGAUGGUCAAGCUUCCCUGUCUCUCUCCAGACUGCUCUGUUCUCUACUGGUACUUUCUCCAUAUCUGCUGGUGACCAUUGUGAUCGGGGUUAAAUGCUGG